CGCCUCCUCCUCCCUCAUCAGCCCGUGCGCUUGCUCCUGGCUGGUAAAGCUGGGUGGAGAAGGGCAGGCAGCAUUGGCGUUCUCAUCAGUGAGCGCGACCACCUAGUCCAAGAAGGUGUAGUCUGGGGACGUAGUGGGCUGCGGAUCCCAGCCCUCAAGCUCGGUGGCCGCCUGGGGCCCAGGACCCGGGGGUCGCUGAGCUCCGGAGUGGGCUGGGCGGUGCGUUCAGGUGAGAGGCCGUCGGGAGUGUGCAGGGAGCGCCGCGGGCACCAUGAACCCCCGUCUGCUGCCGCCUUCGCUGUGGCUGUUGCUGCUGCUCCUCAUCGGCGCUGAGCACACUGUUGGAGCCCUCCCUCGACUAUGUGAUGUGGUACGAGUGCUGAGGGAGGAACAAGACCAGUGCCUGCAGGAACUCUCCAAAGAGAGGACAGGAGACCUAGACGUGGUUCAGCCAGCCCCAGGCUGCGAGGGGCUGUGGGACAACGUGAGCUGCUGGCCCUCCUCUGAGCUGGGGCAGACUGUGGAAGUGGAGUGUCCUCGAUUCUUCCGGAUGCUCACCAGCAGAAGCGGUUCCAUGUUUCGAAACUGCACACAGGGCGGCUGGUCAGAAAUCUUCCCCAGGCCCGACCUGGCAUGUGGGGUUAAUAUGAACGACUCAUCCAAGGAGACCAACCAGAAGCGGUACGCAUACCUGCUGAAGUUGAAGGUCAUGUAUACUGUGGGCUACAGCUCCUCCCUGGUGAUGCUCCUGGUUGCUCUCAGCAUCCUCUGUUCUUUCCGAUAUGCUUUCUGCAGGGGAGUCAGAGAUGGCCACCAGCGACUGCACUGGAGGCUCCACUGCACCCGCAACUACAUCCACAUGCACCUGUUUGUGUCCUUUAUCCUGCGCACCCUGUCCAUCUUCAUCAAGGAUGCUGUGCUCUUCUCAGACGAUGGUGUCCACUGUGAUACCCACAUGGUGGGCUGUAAGCUGGUCAUGGUCUUCUUCCAGUACUGCAUCAUGGCCAACUAUGCCUGGCUGCUGGUGGAAGGCCUCUACCUUCACACGCUGCUCAUCAUCUCCUUCUUCUCAGAAAGGAAGUGCCUCCAGAGAUGUGUUGCCCUUGGAUGGGGUUCCCCAGCCAUUUUUGUUGCUUCAUGGGCUAUCGCCAGGCACUUUCUGGAAGAUGUUGGGUGCUGGGACAUCAAUGCCAAUGCAUCUAUCUGGUGGGUCAUUCGAGGGCCUGUGAUCCUCUCCAUCCUGAUUAAUUUCAUCCUUUUUAUAAACAUUCUAAGAAUCCUGAUGAGAAAACUUAGAACCCAAGAAACAGGAGGAAAUGAAGUAAACCAUUACAAGCGUCUGGCCAAGUCCACCCUCCUGCUGAUCCCUCUCUUCGGCGCCCACUACAUCAUCUUUGCCUUUUCACCAGAUGAUGCCAUGGAGAUCCAGCUGUUUUUUGAACUGGCUCUUGGCUCAUUCCAGGGCCUGGUGGUGGCUGUCCUCUACUGCUUCCUCAAUGGGGAGGUACAGCUGGAGAUUCAGAAGAAGUGGCGGGAGUGGCGCCUGCCCGAGUUCCCACUGUGCCCCUUGGCCCUCGGCAACUCCUUUAGCAGCGGCACCAUCAGCCACACCCACAGCACCAAGGCCAGCCCCUCGGAGCCAAGUCCAGGCACCUGCAGGGCCAGCGUCAUCUGAGAGGCUGGAACAGGGUCAGCCAUGGACAUAUGUCAAGCUGAGUCCCGAGAGGGCAGGACACUGCUUCGGGACAGUCCGUCUUCCUCACAGACAUAUGCUUUUCCCUGUGACUAAUAACCUUUCCUCCAGGCCUUGGGUUGGACGGUGAGACUUCCUCAGAACUCAACAGAAGAAACUUGGGACACUGUAGGGGGAUGGGGGAAAGAGCAGUUCAGGGGGCUUAGGAGGAAGAUAAAUGGUAACUGGGAUGAGAUUUGGUCUGUGUUUUUCAGUCUUUUGAGACACAGGUGAGGGGGGAUGCUCACCUACCCCUUCCUGGAGGGGGAAUGGCUUUUCUGGUCCUCUGCUCCAAUUUUAGGGACAAACGUAUAAGUCCAGGAAACUGGAGAAAUCAAGGACCCUCCCCACCCCUCACUGCAAUUCAGCUUUCCGGCAGCUCUCACUUUAGGGCCUUCAAGACAACUGCUGAAUCCAAUCAAUCCCAGUGGAGGCCAGGAGAGCCCCAGGGUGCCCAGCUCCCUCUUAGCGACCCUGGAACGGUCUGAGGCAUCCCUCUGUUGUAACUGCCUUUUUGGUCAGUUACCCACAGCCCUCAAGGCAGGUACAGCAGGAGAUGGGGCCUGAUGCCAUUUGAUAAGAGAGCAUCAGGUUCACCAAGGCCCUGUGACUUGCUCAAACAACUGGGCAAGGAAGUUGCAGAAGUCCAGUCCAGCCUUUUAGUUAUUUCAAAUCCCCAUGCUCCCAGUCUGUCUGUUUUACCAGGGCCUGUCUCCCCAUCCCAUUGGGGAUUUUAGUCUCACCCUUUCUACUCUGAACCUCAAUUCCCUUGAAUACCAACACUUCCUCCCCACCAACCUUGUGAGGAUUAAAGGACUUGGGAUUCAAGCAAACACAUCCUGGAGACUGGAGAAGGCCGCUGCUCCCCUCAGCCCCCACUGUGGAGGAAAGAGCAUCUUGCUGGUGAGUGGGUCCACCUUGAGUCCUGGCCUUGGGAGGCCCUGGAUGAGCGCCAUCCCUCUCUGGGCUCUGGCUCCCCACCUUUGCAACUCCCCCUGCAGAGACAAGGAGGUCCCCCUUUGCCCCUUGUAGGCUGCUCCUGGUGAAAAGGCCAAGUGCUCAGGUCCAAGGGUAAGGACCUGGCCUAUAUGGUUUAUGAGCUCUGCUCUCUGAACACCAAUUGGUCCACACCUCUCUUGAACCAUCUCCAUAGACUGUGCAUUUUGGAAUAAAAGUUUAAGAAAAAAACCACAAGAGGUAGAUAUAGGCACCCAGCCCAGGAAGGGAACCGCAGUGACCAAAAACUCAUACUAUCAGUGGCAGCCAGGGAAGGCCAGA